AGAUGGAAGUUUUUAAUGGAUCUAAAUCUCUUUUAUUCUUUCCUGUUCAGGAAAAUCCCUCCUGCGGCAGACAGUCCCAUGCCUUCUCCAGCAGCACACGUCUCCACUCCCUUUCCAGCGUCCGUCUUACAACCUUUCAGCAACCCCAGUGCAGUAUAUAUUCCGUCAACACCUAUCAGCUCAAGAAUCACUUCUUCUUACAUAAUGACAUCAGCCAUGUUAUCAAAUGCAGCCUUUGUGACGACGUCGGAUACAAAUUCCAUUAUGUCACACACUACAGCUUUUCCUCAUAUGGCUGCAAGCCUAAGUAUCAUGGACUCGACCUUCAAGGCGCCAUCAGCUGUGUCACCAGUGCCAGCAGUCAUCCCUUCCCCAUCCCACAAGCCAUCCAAAACAAAAACCAGCAAAUCCUCAAAAGUAAAAGACUUGUCAUCUCGUAGCGACGAGUCUUCAAGUAACAAAAAGAAAAAGCCGCAGUCAUCGUCAUCCUCGUUAUCUUUGCAGACAUCUUCCUCAUCUUCAUUUUCAGGGUCCCACAAAAAGAACUGUGUCCUGAACACCAGUUCGACUUUGAACUCCUAUCAGGCCACAUCUUCCUAUAACAGUAUGUCUGUGCACAAUACAAACAAUGGAACAAGCCCACUCAGUGCCAAAUUGGAGCCCUCAGGACGGACUUCAUUAUCAAGUAGUUCAACAGACUCAGUGAAACACAUGAGCAUGGUAGUAAGCAGUAUUGACUCUUCUAAUCUGUCUGUACCUUCUCUUGUGCACCAUUCAGGGGACCACUCCCUGGGAGCACAUAAUGCAGUGUCUUCUCUACCCCUUUCUUUCGACAAAUCAGAAGAAAAACGUAAAAACUCUAGUUCUAGUAGCAAAGCCUGUAAAAUCACUAAAAUGCCUGGUAUGAAUAGUGUUCAUAGAAAGAGCACUGCCAACCUUAUUUCUGCGGUGCCAGAUCCAACAAGCAGCUCCAUCUCUCGGCAGAUUGGAAAAAAUAGCAGUGUAGCUUUGUCACAAUCCAGUCCUUCGAGUACAUCAAACCCAGUACACAACAGACAAGAUGUUAGUGCUUGGAGCCAUGAUUGCUUCCCACUGCCACAUCGGAGCUGCUUUGCUGACAGCUUUGAUUCUCCAAUCUGGUGAAGGAGUUGCCUCUAAAUAAAAUUCUAGUCUGAAGCUGAGCUGUACUAUUUCUUUAUAAAAAGUGUUAUUAAUUAGGUAACAUAAGUGGAUCUGCAAAUGUAUUCUUUGGCAGUCAGUGUACGCUGGGGCCUGAGAGAAAGCCUGAACUGUUUUGCUUUUAAUAUUAGUGCUGAUGUAACCACGAUAAUCAGAGUCCAAGUGAUGCAAUGUCAGUAGGCAGAGAGAACGUCAGUUACUACAUGGAGUUUUACAGCUGGAAAAAAACAGGCAUGUAUUCCUGAGAGCAGGCCUGGGAAGCAGACAUAAGAGGCGUGGUGUUCUCAGUGUUGCUGUGUGGGCCGUGGGCACUCGAUGCCUGCUGGACCUGCUUGCCUUUCUCCACUGCAUUAAACUCAACUUCAGCUCACACGGGUUGUUCUCAAUUUAUGUUUACUUUGAACUUUCCUGCAUCUAUUUGAGAACUGAACAGGAGCUUGUGUACAUAAAGGUGUGCCUGGUUUUCCAGCUGUUGUUGCUGUAAUAAAAAGCACUACUUUUCCUUACAAAAUCUUCAUCAUUUUUAGUAAAUGUGAAUGAAGUUACAGUUUUACAGUCAAAUUCUUUGUGCCUGUAGAUACUGUAUAUAUGUUUAAGGCUUGUUUUGUCCGGAUUUUGUCCUCCUUCCAGAUCUGUAACUAAUCAGUGUUUUUUUCUUCAUAGUGCUUUUAAGUAGAUCAUAGAUCUCAGUAUGCAGUGGUUUAUAAAUACUGAGCUGUUUCUAUGAAGGGAAGGUGCCAGUAUGUGUGCUGGGGUUUCCUCAGGCAUGAAAAUGUGCUGUGCAGAAAAAACAAUUCCUCAAAGUUACUGUCUGAUUGCUGCUCUUAUUUCUACUGAUACACUGAGUUAAUGAACAUAAGAUUCACUAAAACUUUCUAAAAUCAGAUAGUCGCAAAA